CAUGGACGAAGCGAUGUCGUAUCCUCCUAUAGAACCCGCCAACUUCGAUCUAAUCGUCAUCGGCACAGGCCUCCCGGAAUCCAUCCUUGCCGCCGCUGCGUCCAGCUCCGGCAAAACCGUCCUCCACCUCGACCCCAACCCUUACUACGGCAGCCACUUCGCCUCUCUACAUCUCCACGACUUCACCGAAUUCCUCCAGACCCACUCCCUACCCUCCGCUCCCGAAACCCAACCCAGCUCCUCCGGCGAAUUCAACGUUCUUCCCCUCACCACUAGCCCUGUCUACUCCUCCAUCGAAACUAGCGUGUUUUCCCCCGAAAUUCUCCAGCAGUCAAACCAAUUCAACCUCGAUUUAGCAGGGCCUAGGGUCUUGUUCUGUGCCGAUAAGAUGAUCGACUUGAUUUUGAAAACGGAGAUUAAUCACUGCAUGGAGUUCAAGAGUGUAGAUGCUAGCUUUAUUUGUGAGGGUGAGGAGGGGAAUUUGCGGAAUGUACCAGAUUCGCGAAGUGCCAUAUUCAAGGAUAAGAGCUUGAGCUUUACAGAGAAGAAUCAGUUGAUGAGGUUCUUCAAGCUUGUUCAGGAUCAUUUUGGUGAUGGGAGUGACGAGGAAAGCAAGAAAAUUUCUGAGGAAGAUUUAAAGAGUCCAUUUGUGGAGUUUUUGAGCCGGAAGAUUGGGUUGUCGCAGAAGCUAAAAUCGAUUAUUUUGUAUGCAAUUUCGAUGGCACAUUAUGAACAAGACAACUUGGAAGUCUGCAAGGACGUCCUCGAGACGAAAGACGGAAUCGAUCUUUUAAUACUCUAUCAUAAAUCUGGAGGCAGGUUUCCUAAUGCACCUGGUGCCAUGAUAUAUCCACUCUACGGGCAAGGAGAACUUCUACAAGCAUUUUGCCGUCGUGCUGCCGUUAAAGGUUCUAUCCAUGUCCUGCGAAUGCCUGUGGUUGGUCUACUAGCAGAUAAGGAAGUUGGGAAUUAUAAGGGUGUUAAGUUGCUUUCUGGUCAAGAAUUAUUCAGCCAUAAGCUGAUCCUUGAUCCCUCAUUCAUUCUUCCAUCAGGUUUCGCUCCUUCUUACUUGUAUCCUGAGCCAGAUGGUGGCCAUGAUUUUGGCCUGCUAGAUGAAAAAGUAAAGGUGGUUAGGGGAAUAUGCAUCACAAAAAGUUCCCUAAAACUGGAUGUUGCAAAUUGUCUGGUGUUCUUUCCCCCUCGAUCUUUGUUUGCAGAGCAGAUGACAUCCGUCCGAGUUUUCCAAUUGAGUAGCAAUGUUGCUGCUUGUCCCUCUGGCAUGUUUGUUGUUUACCUAUCGACUCUAUGCGAAGAUGUUGGACAAGGGAAGAAGAUAGUAAAUGAAGCAAUGAAUGCUUUGUUUUCAAUUCCUAUUUCUGGGAAACCCGAGGAAAACUCUACUGAUUCUCAUGGUGAAAAUACAGUGUUAGGAUUGAAACCCAGUUUACUGUGGAGUACAGUUUAUAUACAGGAGCUCACAAUGGGUGCAUUUGGUUGUGUGAGUUCAACCUUUAUGCCUGAUGGGAAUCUACAAUACAACAACCUUCUAGAUGCUACGACUAAGCUUUUUCACAAGAUGUAUCCCAACGAAGAAUUUUUUCCAGAGGCGACCUCAUCCAUUGAGGUUGCAGAAGAUGGCGCGUUUGAGCAAUUAGACUCCUAGGUGUUUUGAUCUUUUUCUAGCGAGAAUGAGGAUCCUGAGAAAACAAAAACCAAAGAUCUUCCCUCCCUAGUUUACCCGGGGUAAUUUUUGAUGCUCGUCUCCGGAGGAUAAGCACCAUAAUGUUGUAAUUUUUGCUCCGUUUUGUUCUUUUACUUAUCGAAAUUUUGUCCUUUCCCGCUUAGUUGGAGCUGGGAGAUGAUAAAAGUCCCCCUGAUGUACAUCUUGUAUGGCAUCGUAUUUGAAUCACCUGAGUUGUGGAGUUAUAUCUAUACUUGUACUAUUGGACGGUUUCAUCUUUAAUGCCAAUGAUUUUGUUUUCCUUUUUC